CGCGCGGCGCGCCCGGCGGACGCCGCAGGUCCCAUGCCGCGCCGCGACCCCCGCGCCCCUGCCGCCCGCCGCCCCGGGCUCGCCGCGCCGCGUCCGCGCGUCCUUAGCCGGGCCACCAAGCGAUGCCCGCUGGGCGCCUGCGAAAGUUUGUCGGCUCCCGCUGAAGGGCAGCGGCGCCCCCGCGUCCCCGCGCCCCGCUCCGGCCAGGAGCCUUCACGUAAAUGGGUCCAGUCAUGCCUCCCAGUAAGAAGCCAGAAAGCUCAGGAAUUAGUGUCUCCAGUGGGCUGAGUCAGUGUUACCGGGGCAGCGGUUUCUCCAAGGCCCUUCAGGAAGACGAUGACCUCGACUUUUCUCUGCCUGACAUCCGAUUAGAAGAGGGGGCCAUGGAAGAUGAAGAGCUGACCAACCUGAACUGGCUGCACGAGAGCAAGAACCUGCUGAAGAGCUUCGGGGACUCGGUCCUGCGGAGCGUCAGCCCCGUCCAGGACCUGGACGAUGACACGCCCCCAUCCCCUGCCCACUCCGACAUGCCCUACGAUGCCAGGCAGAACCCCAACUGCAAGCCCCCCUACUCCUUCAGCUGCCUCAUAUUUAUGGCCAUCGAGGACUCGCCAACCAAGCGCCUGCCGGUAAAGGAUAUCUACAACUGGAUCUUGGAACAUUUUCCGUAUUUUGCAAACGCACCUACUGGGUGGAAAAACUCAGUGAGACAUAAUUUGUCCUUGAAUAAGUGUUUUAAGAAAGUGGACAAAGAGAGGAGUCAGAGUAUCGGGAAAGGGUCAUUGUGGUGCAUAGACCCAGAGUACAGACAAAAUCUAAUUCAGGCUUUGAAAAAGACACCUUAUCACCCACACUCGAAUGUGUUCAAUACACCUCCCGCCUCUCCUCAGGCAUAUCAAAGCACAUCAGGUCCACCCCUCUGGCCGGGCAGCACCUUCUUCAAGAGAAAUGGAGCCCUUCUACAAGAUCCUGACAUUGAUGCUGCCAGUGCCAUGAUGCUUUUGAAUACUCCCCCUGAGAUACAAGCAGGUUUUCCUCCAGGAGUGAUACAAAACGGAACGCGGGUUCUGAGCCGAGGCCUGUUUCCCGGAGUCCGGCCAUUGCCAAUCACUCCCAUUGGAAUGACAGCAGCCGUGAGGAACGGCCUCACCAGCUGCCGGAUGCGGACUGAGAGCGAGCCGUCGUGUGGCUCCCCGGUGGUCAGUGGAGACCCCAAGGAGGACCACAACUACAGCAGUGCCAAGGCCUCCAACGCCAGGAGCACCUCGCCCGCCAGCGACUCCGUCUCCUCCUCCUCGGCCGACGACCACUACGAGUUUGCCACCAAGGGGAGCCAGGAGGGCAGCGAGGGCAGCGAGGGCAGCUUCCAGAGCCACGAGAGCCACAGCGAGACGGAGGAGGAUGACAGGAAGCGCAGCCCGAAGGAGGCCAAGGAUGCCCUGGGGGACAGCGGCUACGCGUCCCAGCACAAGAAGCGCCAGCACUUCGCCAAGGCGAGGAAGGUCCCCAGCGACACGCUGCCCCUCAAAAAGAGACGCACGGAAAAGCCCCCCGAGAGCGAUGACGAGGAGAUGAAAGAGGCGGCGGGGUCACUCCUGCACUUGGCGGGGAUUCGGUCCUGUUUGAAUAACAUCACCAAUCGGACGGCAAAGGGGCAGAAAGAACAAAAGGAAACCACAAAAAAUUGAAAACAAGUCACUGAUUUGUUUUGAACUUACGGCCAUUUGGUUUCAGCAUGUCAGGAGAUUUCUAAUGAUUUGUGGCAAUAUCAGCAAUUUAUUUUUUUUUUUCUUUUUUUUUUUUUUUUGGUUUGGUUUUCUUUCUUUCUUUUUCUUUUUCUUUUUUUUUUUUUUUUUAAUUUGCCCCCCUCCUUUGUUUUGGACCCUUAAGAAUUUUAUGUUUAAAGGAGAUUGAAGCCAUAGAACUCAUAUUGACACUCAGCUGUUUUACAAAAGCUUUUCAUUAUCUGAAGACAAAACCGAAAAAGCCAAAAUUACCAUUGCUUCCUCCAGCUUGUCAGAAACCCGUGGCUGAAUCCACAGGGAUGGCAACGAUAAUGCCAUGGGGAUACACAUCUGGCACUUAGAAGGCACGUGUGCAAAGUAACCAUCGAUCAGGCCCAACCUUUAGGUUUAAAAGGUCAGGAUGUGCACCCAGUUGGGUUCGCUGAGUGAAUGCACAUAAGGCAACUGAGGAGAAGGAAGGACCCCUGGUCCCCCUAGGAGCAGACCCAAGCUCAUGGCACUGGGCAUCAAAUUGUGCCAGGAGAACCCUUGGCAUUGCCCCAAGCGUGCGAUGCAGGGGUGGGGAGGCGGUCACCAGUCCUCUGUGCUUCUUAACUGUGAAGCCUAAUAGCAUCUUCCGGGGUGGACACUGGACCAUUCAUGUUCAACAGGUGUCAGUGACUCAUGAGAAGAAACUGGGUCAGUUUUUAGUGAUGUUGCUAAUCACUGAAUUCUGUUCUACAUUAAAUGAAGAGAAGGUUCCACAAGCCAUAAGCCUGAAGGUUGGUCCUGCACACGCGCGCGUGCACACACACACACAGACACCACACUCACACACACACAGAGAGAAAGAGAAAAAAACUGAUGCAAAAAACAAGCUAUGUCUUCUUAACUGCCCAAGUGAAAAUCAAGUUCCAAGAAAUUACAGUAGCUGUUAACGAGGGAAAUCAUGGUACAAAUCUUUUUCUGUCUCUCAAAACCAUUUGAUCCAAGUGAAAACAAAACAAAACAAAAAGCUACAGAACCUGCCAUUAGUAUUGUGGUGUACUUUUAAAAGAUGAAAGGCCCAUUGAUGGACAAACUAAAGUAAAACACGGCAAAAAAGAAAGGAAAACAAAUUCCUAUACUGCCCUCAAAAUGGAGUUUGCAAUUAAUGUCAGUCAGGAUUCAUCUUUGCGAAAAUCAAUGAUUUCCACAUUCAGCCAGUGUAGCCAGCAGAAAUUUCUGAUCCACAAUGCAUGGAAUUCCUUUGAAAAAAGAAAAAAAAAAAAAUCACAAAAACACAAACUUUUUUUAUUCAAAAAUAAAGUUCUUGUAAG